CGAGUUAUUCCUUUCGUUCACGACUCAAACUCAAGGCCCACGUUUGUUUACAAAUUACGAGCGCCGACCGUCACUUAAAGUCAGACAAGAGUGGACAAUGCACGUAUAAAUUUGACUCCAUAGUAAAGUGAUACUUUGACCAACAUGGAUUUAAUUUUCUGCAUCGGUGUUUUCCUCGUAAGCAUAAAAGACAUACACUGCAUCGAUGGUAGACAAGCUGAGCUAUCUCGCUUCAAUUUCUUCGACAUAGACCUGCUAAAAUAUGCUGCCGAAGACCGCGAAGGCAACGUGAUGGUAUCACCAGCAAGCAUUAAGUCAACGCUGGCGAUGCUACUAGAAGGUGCUGGUGGGAUUACUGAAACGGAGUUACGAAGCGCCUUGAGGCUGUCGCCAUUCAAAGACGAAUUUAGGGAGCAGUUGAAUACAUACUUAUCUUUGCUACAGGUAAACACUCCUGGAGUGAAAAUAAGUAAUGCAAAUGGAGUAUUCGUGUCCAAGAAAUUGAAGUUACAUAAACACUUUGUCAGCACUUUGAGCAAAUUAUACUUCGCUGAUAUUCAAGAGAUUGAUUUCAGUAACCCAUUCAAUGCUUCUGACAUUAUAAAUAGAUGGGUCGGACAAAAUACUAAAGGACUUAUAACAGAUAUCAUACAACCUGCACAGCUGAGUCCAAAGUCGGAGAUGAUAAUUGCGAACGCUCUGUACUUCAAGGGCUUAUGGGCUCGUGGUUUCAAUCCUCGUUACACCAGGAGUGGCUGCUUCCACCGCCAGGGUUCAUGUCUGAAUGUCGCCAUGAUGGAGUUGCAUUCGGAACUAAACUAUGCUUAUGUGGACAACUUGCGAGCUCAUGCUUUGGAAUUGCAAUACCAGGGUGGAGAGUACUCAAUGAUUCUCCUAGUGCCACUGGAUUUCGAAGGGUGUGCACAGCUGGUUCGGGACUUGCCUUACAUGAGCUUACCGCAAAUAAGUAUUCUACUUGAGCCCACAGACAUAAGGCUUAUCAUGCCGAAGUUUACAGUCGAAUUCAACGACAACGUGGCCGGACCAUUGAGGAACAUGCGUGUAGUCUCCCUCUUUACGAAGAACGCCAACCUCUCUGGGAUGUAUGAAGGAGGGGCACCACAAGUCGACAGUAUCAUUCAUAGAGUCCACAUGACGGUGGAUGAACAGGGCACCGUGGCUGCAGCAGCUUCAUCGGCUAUGGUCAUACCACUGAUAGGUGCUGAGGUUCAACUCAGGGUGGACAGACCAUUCGUGUUCUUCAUCAGAAAUAAUAAGCUGGGUCAAGUCCUCUUUGAAGGAAAGAUUGAUGAGCCGAAUAUUGUGGAAGAUAUUGUUCCAACACAGAGUAAGACGAAGCCUUCAAAUGAGAGAAGAUAUUCAAAUAAAUUCUUUUGAAAAUAAACACGUAAUAGAAUAA